CUCUCUAUACGUACCGGGAGGUAUGUUGCCAUCGCCGGUUAAGCACGGUAAUACCCAGACUUAUGUAUUCCGAUCGUUCGAAAGGCAACGGCACCUGGAUCGCCAAUGUGCGUCGGAGCGUUGAACGGACGGAGUGAAGAAAGCGAGAUCUGCGCCGAUCAAGUUCAUCCGGUAGGUUCACUAAUUGACAACAGAAAGGAUACACGUGGACCAAAGUACCUCCACCCUCUUUAAACUGUCGAAUUGAACGAACGGUUUACCGCCCUCGCAAGUUUCCGCGAUGGUCCGAAUUUGAUUGGCGAAACGAUGAAAGGCUGUGACAUUAAGAUGCCAUGUAAAACCGAUAUAUACGUGCAGUUGCAAACGGAGUAUUUUGUAAAAAUAGAAUUCAGUUGAAGGAAAAAGAAACGUAUCAAUAAUAUAACAUAUCAAUUAUCAACACGAAUCAAUGAAAGAUGCAAAGUUUUAAAAAUGGUUGUUAGAUCCAUAGUUUUUCCGAUAUCACGUAUUAUUUCGGAGUACGUGCAAUUACGAGGGAAUUACGCGUUCGAAUGUACGCGGAUACCAUCCUGAUGUCGGUAAUAGAGAUCAUCCUGCAUCAAGAUCCGUCGGAAAACGCAGUGCAAAAGAAUAUAUAGCGACUACGUAUAUAGUUGACAGGCGAUGAGUAAGAAGCGGUGAAGCAACUCUGUACUCGUUAACCGGUUUCCGUGGGUCGGCAUGCAGAGCGACACGUAGAGAAGGCUACACGCCGUCAAGUGGAACUCUCGAUCCUUCAUGCAUGUGCCACACGUAUACGGCUCGCGAUAGAACUGGUCCCGCCGAUUCAUAACGUCGCCAUCGUCGUCUGCUAAUAAUACCUGCGUAUGUCGCGAGAGAUUCGACUACUGCGACAGACCUGCGAGAGAAAUAAUCUGACAAGGAGAAAUCUUGAGAACUUCCUCGAAUAUAUGUCUAUCCUUUGGUGCUACCGUAUGCAUUACGAUACAUAUCAGCAUCUCCAAUCGCAUUAACUGUGCAAGGAGAUUUCUCUCUCCUUCUCUCUCGAAUGACGCGCAUCUGCUGCUGCUAUGAGAUGUAAAUUGGAAUUUCAUUUGGAUUUCAAGAGGCGCUUGGUCUGCGACAGGCGCCGAAACUUCGUUGUAGGAAUAUUUCCUCGGAGAAAGGCGUUGGAUACAGCAAAUAUUUUAACGUGCCGACACAUACCGGCACGUCGGUGCAUGCACUUUGGUGCAUUAGAAAGUGCGCUGUAUGGUGUCGUGGAUGUGUGAUCAGAAAUGUGUGGGAUAUUCAUGUUAAAAGUGCGAAUAACCGACGUGAAUCCAUGUGUCUUUUCGGAUGACGUGACGCGAAUGUCGAAUUAUUCCUUUGCUAUUAAAUUUAGAUAAGGACCAUUUGUUGUUGAAGCAUCUUGGUCGGAGAGAAAGUACAUCCUUAUCGAGAAUUAAGGAUAGCAGUAUAGUAAAGGCGCGAUACAUAUAUUCUCACAGAAGGACGAGCAAGUACAACGGCAUCGUUGUGGCAUGAGGAGGUUUGCACGCAGGCGCAAUAUCCUGGCCGCAUUCUCUGCGAUUAUGGGACGCCUUGGUAAAGGCUCGCAGAGCUCAACGAGGCCCAUUUUCAGGGUGCAUUAUCGCAAACUCGUGGACGAAUACUCGCAGCAAGAACAAUUGAAGUUCAUGCCCGCGCUACCCGAUUACAUGUCGUAUUGCUGUUGUCGAUGUGGUCACACACAAGAGCUCAGAGCGGAAGAGCUGAACACCAUCGUUGGCAAUGCUUUCCGCAUGGCGUACGUGGCGCAGCUUCAGCGCCAACCGAUCCUCCAGGAUGUAAUCUCAUCGCGAUCGACGCCGUCUUAUCGCAAAGACAAACAGGAGCAUCGAACGUCGUGGAACAAAUCACUGUCCGGAGAGGAUACGAUCGCCGCGGGCGCUUGCAGAAGUCCGUCAUCGAACUCGUGGUUGAAAAGUCGGACAUCGCCUACCUCCAGGAUUGGAAGGGGUUCAUCUGCACCGGAUAUGAACGUGCAGCUCGGCAGCGCCGGCUCGCCCACGCUGCGACUUGCUGGCGUAAAGGCGCCAAACACGAUUCCCGGUCUGCGACCAUUCACGAACGUUCUAGGACCCAUAACAAACGAGGACGAGCCCAAGAGCAUAUCCCAGCAGAGCACGCCGAGCAGCGAUGAGAGCAACUCACCGACCGAGUUAAACUCGUAUAAGAGGCUAACGGACAAGCCGCCGCUGAUAAAGCGACUGGCGAUGGGUUUGACAGGUGGACGCGACGUUCUUGGGUUGAACGGUGAGGAUGACAGCUGCCCGCUCGUCAGCGGUAGCAGCACGCCGACCAGCCCAUCGAACAGGCCCCAUUCCGGGGGCUACAUAAACGAGGCGAUCAUCGACUCGGAAGGUACGAGGCCGUCCUACAACAAGAUCCCGCCGUCCGAAAGUCUCGACAACACCAUCAACGCGUCCAUCACCGCGAAGAACUUCAACAUCGAAAACAACAGGAUAGGACACAAUUGCCUGGAUUCGGGUACGGAGGCGGAAUUCAAGUCAAAAAGAAGAUCGCAAAUUAGCACGUCGAGUAGCUCGGUACCCGCUGACGGAAGCACUCAUGGCUCGACGCCAACCCCGCCGCCUUUGCCCGAAAGAACAGACAGCCUGAACAAUCGAAGCGAGGAGGCCGAGCUACGCAAAGCGCCCUGGUUUCAAGCUGGAAUACCCAGAGAGAUAACGCUGGAGGUAUUGAGCCAAGAGCCGGAAGGGGCGUUUAUGGUGCGAGAGAGUACCAGCAAGCCCGGAUGUUACGCUCUCUCCCUCCGCGUGCCCCGUGAAUUCCAGCCAAGCGGAAUAGCCCAUUAUCUCAUAAUGCGUACAAACAAAGGAUACAAAAUUAAAGGCUUCACAAAAGAAUUUACGACGCUGACCGCGUUAAUCACUCACCACUCGGUCAUGCCGGAAUUAUUGCCAUGCCCGUUGUCGCUAAGCCGAUAUAAUCCGAGCUUCGUCAAGACUGAUUCCAGCAAGGAUUUCGCGGACAUCGAUUCAGAUCCCGAUUACAAUACCCUGGCGGAUUUUCGCAAAAUGAUGGCCGAUCUAAAUGUCUAGAAUGAACCAUCGAAAACAAUGGAAUAUUCGUGUUCCUCUUUUUUUCGAAAACGUUGCUUAUCAAUUCAUAUAAAGAUGGAUUGAAAGGAACGCGAAGCAUUAUUUGGUACAUUUGGAUCUGGAUUAAUUUAAUGUGCCAUUGAAUGUAAAGAGACAAUGACACUUGCGAUUGUCGCGAAGAGAUCUUGCCUGAAGUAAUCGAUAUUGGCACACGAUACAAAGUAUGUAUUUAGACAACGCUUAGUUAUCGAAACGUUCCGAAAGACUCGCACAACCACCAGUGAUACAUAUUUGUAAGUCUUUAAUAAGUCAUUGAUACGAAAUACGUAGCGUAGAAAUAAUUUAAUAACUACUAGUGUUGUGGAAUACUAGUAGUUAGUCGCGUGCGACUGUGGAAUAGUAAUGUCAAACAAUUUUUUAUAUAUAUUACAGCACGCUUAGCGCAAAAUAGUUUCAAGCUUGUUAUAGCAGGGGAAGCGAAACAAUUCGUUUGUCGAAAAAACCAGAAUAAAUUAUUUUCACGAAACAGAGUAUCUAUUAUAAGCAUAUUAAGAAUCAUUUAAGAAUCAUUUUUAGAAUCUUUUUGCAAGUUUUUCUGUGUUAGAAUUAAAAACAUAUUCGUUUUCAAGAUAAUAUUCAUUUUGUUACCGUUUAAUCACUUUUGAUAAUUGCAGUGAUGCUAAACGAUCGAUUAUAUGAUAUAUUAUUAGAAAAUGCAUAAUCACUGAGUGUGAGUAAUUGAAGGAAUGUAUAAAAGCAUCGAUAAAUUACGUCAGAGAAAAUAAUUUCAAGCUUUAAAAAAAUUAAAAUAAAUUAUGUUAAAAAGAUUGCGUUAAAAAUAUGUCAAGAUUGUGUUAAAAAUAUGUGGAUUAAAAUGGGAGACCACUAUAUAUGGAAACUCUAUUUUCGAAAAAAAAAUCGAUAUCAUGGCGUACAAUAUUCAGAUAUUUUCAUCUUUCUCACAAUUAUGAAAAACUUUGCAAUCUGAGAGCGAUCUAACAAUUUUUACUCGACCAAAGUGAUUAUUUAUUAUUUCAUAAAAUGUAAUCGAAAAUAUAUUGUCGUAACAUAACAUAAAUUAUAUUGAUUGUUGAUUGCAUUUAAAAAAGGCACUGAAAAGGCCAAAUAUUCCAACAAGAUUGUAAAAUAGCUAAAUGUCGUAAAUCGUUUCUCCCUAUUCGAUUUGAGACUUCAUAAUUAAUCAAACAAGGUCUAUUCUUGAGAAACUACGAAAGAUACGAGUAUACAAUCGUGACAUAUUUUCUGUACAUACUUCGAGGAAAAGUUUUAGCCACGAGAAUCGAACUAUUUAAAAAUGUUCGAAUUUAGGAGCAAAAUCAAGCAAAUAUAAUUGGCCCAUUACCGAGUUUAAAUGUACCGAAUUUGGAUUCUUCUGUUAUUAUUUAAUCGCGCAAUCUAAUGAUAUAUCGCAAUCGGGGACUGAAAACGAAAAACAACUUCUUUUCGAUCAAUAUUAAAAAUGGAAUAAAUUAUCUUAAUAUUAAAUAUUUCAUUAAUUUUUUGUAUAAAAUUAUGUGUACGCGAAGCAAAAGUUCUUUGCUCUAAAUUUUAUUUCCUAAUAUAUGCAACAGACAUAAGAUAUUAGCG